AUGUCUUAUGUUGCAGCGGAUAAGGCCGAAAGUGAACUAGCCGCCAGCAUUAAGAAAGCGACAAGUAUCGAUGAGACGGCACCAAAGCAGAAGCAUGUUCGAAAAUGCAUUGUGUACACAUGGGACCAUCGCACAUCUGGUGUCAUUUGGAGCAUACUCAAAGUACAGCCUAUUCUUUCGGAUGAAGUCCAGACGUUCAAGGCGCUCAUUAUGGUGCAUAAGAUCAUCAAGGAUGGCCACCCUAUCGUGAUCAAAGAUGCGUUACGAGAAACUGGAUGGUUGGAGACAUGUGCAAGAAGUGUAGCUGCUGAUGGCGUGCGUGGAUAUGGUCCUCUCAUUCGCAACUAUGUCGAUCUCUUAUUACACAAGCUACGUUUUCAUCGUGAUCAUCCUGGAUUCAAUGGCACCUUUGAUUAUGAAGAAUACAUCAGUCUCAAGAACAUUGACGAUCCCAAUGAAGGCUUUGAAACGAUUAGCGACUUGAUGAAUCUCCAGGAUCACAUUGACCAAUUCCAAAAGGCCGUCUUUGCUAGUCUUCGUCAUGCACUCAACAAUGAAUGUCGUAUCGCAGCACUGGUGCCAUUAGUGGAGGAGAGUUAUGGAAUAUACAAAUUUGUCACAAGCAUGUUACGGGCUAUGCAUAAGACAACGGGGGCCGUGGAUGCAUUGCAACCAUUACGACAACGAUACAACGCUCAACAUUACGGCUUGUUGCAGUUUUAUCAUGAAUGUUCGAAUUUGCGAUAUUUGACGAGCCUUAUCAAUGUUCCCAAAUUACCACAAGAUCCACCGUCCUUGAUGGAAAUGAGCACCCCUCCAUUACCCAAACGACCCACACCUGCACCAGCGGCUCAAACACCACCACCAGCACAACCAUCACCUGAACCAGUGAUUGAUUUUUGGUCACAACAGCAGGAAGAAGAACGUCGCAAAUAUGAGCAAGAGCAACAGCGCCUAGCCAAAUUACGUGAACAAGAACAGGAGAGAAUGAGACAGCAGCAAUUGGAGCAACAGCGUCAAUUUGAGGAACAACAAAGAAUGCUUGCCGAGAGAGAAAGACAACAACAACAAGAGCUUUUACGACAGCAAAUGCAAGGACAACAAGCUAGCAGGAUCAAUGAUUUGGAAAUGCAGCUCUUGAAUCUCCAAAACCAGCUGGAACGAGACCAAAUUAUGUUGCAGCAAUAUGAUCAGCGAGUGAAAUCUUUGGAACAAGAAAUGGCCCAAAUCAACCAGCAUUCUCAACAACGGGACGCGUCAAAGGAUGAAAUGAUACGCACAUUACAAAAUGAGAUUCAAAUGUGGAAGAACAAGUAUGAAGCACUCGCCAAGCUAUACAGUCAACUUCGGAAGGAGCACAUCGAGUUGUUGAACAAGUACAAGCAAUUACAAGUCAAGGCGAACUCUGUGCAGGAGGCUACUGAAAAGUUGGAGCGAAUGGAGGCUGAUAUGAGAGCGAAGAACGUGGAGCUUGCCGACCUUAUCCGUGAACGUGAUCGUGCUCGGAAUGAAUUGGCUCGAAUCCAUGAGACCCAGCGUGGUGAUACUGAACGAUUACAGCGGGAGCUACAAGAAUCACGCAAUCAAAUCGAAGAGCUUGGAAAAUCAAAGGGUGCGGAGGUCAGCGCGUUGCUUGCACGAUUUAAUCGAGAAAAGGGCGAUCUUGAAUCCAGCUUGACCGAGAAGCAAGCCUUGAUUGAUGAAUUCUUGAAGCAAAUUGAAGAGCAACAAGGAAACGCAGAUCGUGUGCGUCGAGAAAAAGAUGAAGAAAUCGCUGUUCUUCAAGCUGGCAUGGAUGAAUGUUUGCAGCAAUUGAGCGAGCUCCAAUAUAGCGACAACAGCAAAGAAUUACAAGAAGAGUUACAGCGUGUACGGGAUGAUCAGAAUGGAAGAUUGGAUCAAAUACUAGAUUCGAUUCUUGGGACAUGUAUUCAAAAGAUCAAUGACAGCGUAUACGAAUUUGAAUCGCCUGGUCAGCAUGGGAAUGAGAAUUCUACACCAGAGUUGACUUUAUCUAUGAUUGAGCGAGCAAGUAUUACAUCGGUGGAGUUCAUGUCAGCAUUCAGCAAAUUCUUGGAUGGCAGCAAUUCGGGUGAUCAUAGUACAACCAUCACACGUGCUCUUGAAUUCGCUGAUACGAUCGUCGACGUGCUUUUGAAUGCGAAGGGGAUCACACGGCUUGUACCAAAUGACAAUGAUGUUGAAGAGAUAUUACAUUCAGCCAAACGAUCAGCAGAUGCAACCAUUCAAUUCUUUAGCAGCGUCAUGUCCGGAUAUCUAAAGAUGCAGCCACCAGCUCAACGACCAGAGAUUAUCAUCCAAGGGGAUAUGCGAGUGCAAGAUGCUCUUAACAGCUUAUCACAAAAGACGGAGGAUCUUAUUUUAAGCGGCACGACCGAUAUUCACAAGUUGGCUGAUGGCGAAGUGGGAGAUUUAGUGGAACAAGAAAUGUCGAAUGCAGCACGCGCUAUCGAAGAAGCAACCACCAAAAUCCAGGAUCUUAUGCGUAAACCUGCCGAUCCUUCAUUCUCAGCUACCGAUUUGCAAGUGCAUCAACUUAUCCUAAAUUCCGUGUUGGCUCUCACCAAUGCCAUUGCCAACCUUAUCCAGUGCGCCACAGCAUCACAGCAAGAGAUUGUGGCUCAGGGACGUGGCACAUCAUCGAAAGCGGAUUUCUACAAGAAGCACAACAGGUGGACUGAAGGCUUGAUAACGGCAGCAAAGGCAGUAGCGGUGGCAACCAAUAUGCUUGUUGAAGCGGCAGAUGGUGUUAUCAGUAAAACGCAUUCCUUUGAACAAUUGAUUGUGGCGUCGAAUGAAGUAUCAGCAGCCACAGCACAACUCGUAGCGGCGUCGCGUGUAAAGUCAUCAUUUAUGUCGCGUACUCAGGAACGAUUGGAAAUGGCGGCUAAAGGAGUGAAGGAUGCAGCAAAUGAAUUGGUCAAGCAAGUCAAACAACUUGUAUCCCAAAAGCAAAGUGAUCAAGAUCUUCAUAUCGAUUUCAACAAGUUAUCGGUGCACGAGUUUAAGCGCAAAGAAAUGGAGCAACAAGUCAAGAUCCUCAAAUUGGAUGCCGAACUCACAAAUGCACGACGUGUCCUGGCAGAAAUGAGACGUAGUGGCUAUCAUACAGAGGAAACGGAUUAA